CGAUGGCAAAGGAGGAGUUUAUCGUUUAGACUUGUUGAUGAUCUGUGAGGCUGUGGCGGGAAGCGCGUGGUCGUUAAGACUUGUUGAUGCCGUUGAUCUAUGGGGCUGAGGCGGGCAGCGCGUGCGCUUCACUCGCUCCAAACGGCUGGAGACGCUAAAUGAGCUCGAGUUGGAGGAUGAAGGAUGAAGCAUUUCUUGAGUACGUUUUCUUUCCUGGCUAAGGUUAGCACUUAUGCUGCACAUUUGUGUACUCCCGCUUCGGGGAAAGACUUUUUUAUUUGAAUUUAUUUAUUUGUUCGUUCCUGUCACACCGGGUAGACGUCAUCCUCACCGGAGCCGCUCGGUGUUGCUUACAUUUCUCCAUCAGAAGACAUGCUGCUCUAGGAAAGGAAAAAACGCACUUCGUUAUUGAUAAACCACGCGACCUAGAACAUGAGACUGAAUGGGGAGUGAUCGUCUGAGGAGAUCCCUUAUCAACAAUAAACACCUCCGUUUAAACUUACCUCAACUCACCGUCGGUUAUUCUCAAGAUGAGUGGACGUUUGAACGGAACCGGCGUGGGUAUCUGCUAAACUUGGUAAAUAUGUGAGACAUAUGAAUAUGUGUAGUCGCAGGGCUCCACCUGGGAGACGAAGGUGGUCGCGUUUCUCCGCUUGACAGCUCAGAACGAAAAGCGCUUUGUUUGCUCAGACUCCGGGACUGGACGUCGCUGCCCAGGGUGCUGAAUUUCACCAGGACCGGGUCAGAGAUAAACGCAGGAAAGUGACGGAUCAGAGAGACUCUCAGGCGUGUCGUGAAUAUAUUUUCUCAUUCUAUAUUUUGGAGGAGCCGGGCAACUCAUGUGAUCAUCAUUUUUAUCUUCGAAAUGAAAAGCGGACAACAUGUGAAAUACGGACAGUUGAGUAACACUUCGCCUUUGUAUUCAUUAUGCUAAUUCAGUAUCUUAUUUCGCCCGUCGUGGUGUGUGGAUAUCUUUGAUCAUCAUCCGUGCAUUUCAGAGGGCAGAGCACAGAAACAGUCGCAAAAAUGGGACAAUAAUUGAGACAGAUCGGGCGGUUUGUUGUUGUUGUCUGUGCUUUGUGUGUAAGGAGUUCAACAGCCCUGUUUUUGAGACAUGGCAGCGGCGAUUGCCAGCGGUUUGAUCCGCCAGAAGAGACAGGCACGGGAGCAGCAUAUAGACCGACCAUCCACCAACAGAAGGAGAAAAAGCCCCAAUAAGAAUAAAGGGCUUUGCAACGGGAACCUUGUCGACAUCUUCUCCAAAGUGCGAAUCUUCGGCCUCAGGAAACGCAGACUACGACGACAAGAUCCCCAGCUCAAGGGUAUAGUGACCAGGUUAUAUUGCAGGCAGGGAUACUACUUGCAGAUGAACCCAGAUGGAUCUCUUGAUGGGACUAAGGAUGACAGUAGUAAUUCUUCAUUGUUCAACCUCAUCCCUGUGGGCCUUCGGGUCGUUGCUAUUCAAUCUGUGAAGACGGGCUUGUACAUCGCCAUGAAUGGAGAAGGCCAUCUGUACACAUCAGAACUGUUUACGCCGGAAUGCAAGUUUAAAGAGUCUGUGUUUGAAAACUACUAUGUGAUCUACUCAUCCAUGCUGUAUAGGCAGCAGGAGUCGGGGAGAGCAUGGUUCCUUGGCUUAAAUAAAGAUGGCCAGGCCAUGAAGGGGAACCGGGUGAAGAAAACUAAACCAGCUGCUCACUUCCUGCCCAAGCCAUUAGAAGUCGCUAUGUACCGAGAGCCAUCAUUGCAUGACGUGGGGGAGACAGUGCCCAAACCUGCCGUGCCUCCCAGUAAAAGCACAGAGCUGGCCGUCAUGAAUGGAGGCAAACCUGUCAGCAAGGAAACCAAGCCCACCACAUAGCCAGACCCCAUCUUGGCCAUGCUUAACCCCAGAGAGCCGUGCUCCUUUUGUCAGACUCUCCAUGUUUGUGGAUCAGAUCCAGGCAUCCUUUGCUCUCUCCUCCCCAUUCCCUCUACCCUCUUCAUUCCUCUGACUGUUCCGAUCUAAUUCAACGACGGACUGGCUCCGGAAGAGUGAUCAGCUGUGCACGUAAGAGGAUGCGACUGGAUAAACCAGCUAAACUUUCACCAUGGAAUGCCCUAACUGAUAUGGAAUGCCUAUUGACAUACAAUAAAGCCAAUGUUUUUUCUGUAAUCGAGACAAUCCACAAGAAUGAAAUUGUGUACUGCAGGCGCUUGCGUGAUGGUUAUUUUGCCUGCUAACAGUCACCCGUUAUAACCCUUUUCUUGAACCCUGUCGCAGCAGAUCUAUUUUCUAUAUACACAGUAACACCAGCUACGCUCUGGGGUAAUACUGUAAAGAUAUACAUAUAUAUGGACUGGAAUCCACAAUUUUUUUUUUUUUAAUCAAGUACGCUCUUGUGUCUCCUCCUUUCUAGGUGUCCCCCCAGUCUCUGAAGCUCAAAGUUCCAAAUCUUUACCUUUUGUCGGUUACUUAUGAAAUUUGUUGUCGGGGCAAUGUUCGAUGCGUUCCGGUGUGCAUUCAUUCAAACACAACAAGGGAUUUGCACAAGUCCCUUCACAAUGUUUAUGGUCAGUGCUCAUGUCUUCUCAUUCUUGUAAUGUCUAGAAAGGGACACAAGUAUACUUAGACAGCAAAUGCCAGUGAGUGCAUUAGUCACACCUGCAGCAGUCCAACACAAGGAGCUGGCAUGUGCUGGGGAAGGUGUAUAGAGUACUUAUCAAAUCUAGUAUGGUGCAAAUUGGUUUCAGCCCCAGUCUCUAGGUGAAUUUCCACUUUUCUUUGCUCUUAAUUUAGAGCGUGGGCUCUAGGAAUAUCUAUAGGCCUUACAGGCCUCUGGUCAAGGCCUCUCUUUGACAUGCUGACUCCUCUGAACUGUGGGCUAGUUCUGGCUAGCACAUUAAAUGUGACGAGAGUGGCAGCCGUAGAGAAAAACAGUCUACUUCAGGCCUGGGUGGUUAAAUGGCUCAAUGUAAGUAGGCACCAUUACUAUUGGCUGUACAUCCAUUUUGUUCAGCAAAGGCAUGGCCAAGGUUAGUAUUACUGUACGUUCUGUUCUUGCAACGCUGACGCAGUGCAAGAAAUGGCUUCUAUAACAAUGUUUUCACUGUAUACAAAUAAAACAAAAAUCUAAAAAAAAUAAAAUAAAAAAAAAUAAUAGAUUUUUAACUACCAGAUAUUAGGAUUCUAAAAUGAGAGG